GCCUCCGGGUUUGCGCCUGCGCAGCGGAGCCCUCGGGUGGGCGGAGCUGGUCGGCAUGAGUGGCGGAGGAACGGAGACCCCUGUAGCCUGCGAGGCCGCUCCGGGAGGCGGCAGUAAGAAGAGGGAGUCGCUGGGAACGUCGGGUGCGGCGCACCUCAUUAUCAAGGAUCUUGGAGAGAUUCAUUCAAGGCUUCUGGAUCACAGACCAGUUACCCAAGGGGAAAUUCGUUAUUUUGUAAAAGAAUUCGAAGAAAAACGUGGCCUUCGAGAAUUGCGAGUUCUUGAGAACGUGAAGAGUAUGAUCCAGGAAACAAAUGACCGCAUGCUUCCCAGAUGCAGGGAGACAAUGCAGGAUGGCCUGGAGGAGGCCGUGCAGAGAUUGCAAGCAGCUAACGACUCCAUCUGCAGACUCCAACAGAGAGAACAGGAACGGAAAAAGGUGAUUAAUGACCACUUGACGGCUAGUGAGAAGUGGCGUCUGCUCCAGUGGGAGGAGUUCCUGAAAGAACAGCCACAGCGCCAAGCUGCAGUGGAUGACGAGCACAGGAGAGCUGUGGAAAGGCUCAGAGAGCAAUAUGCUGCAAUGGAGAAGGACCUAGCCAAGUUUUCCACCUUUUAAGAACUUGAUCUACAGGGGCAGAUGAAUGAGAAAGCCCUGGCUUCCCCCAGAUCUUCCCACCAACCAUGUAGCCUCUUCUUUGAACUUAGAAAUAUACCCAGUGGCACUCUUAGGUCUGAAGAGAGAAACUUCUGGAGCCAGAUAAAUGUUCGUGGAAAAAGAGUGCUUAUGUGUCUAAAUGUGAUCAUUUGAAGAAGAGUGAAAAUGGGACAGAUUUAUUUCUAGCCAGAUUUGCUCUUCUUUUCGAUGAUUAGUUUAGAUUGCUGUGUGUGAAUUUCAAGAGUUCAUUUUUACCAAGCAUAGAUGGUCUAUGAUUGUGGAUUAAAUGGCAGCCAUGACAGCUGCCUGUCACAGCGUCUCUGAGGAAGGCCAUCAGAACAGCUUCUGCUGUGACAGAGGUGCCAUGGUGGGCUUUGAACAAACUUGCUUGAAGAUACCAGAUUUUGCAGUACAACACAAUACCAUGCGUUUUAUUGGGAGACAAGACAUACCUGAUUGGUGACCUUCUAGAACUUAAUAAUCCCAUCUUCUAAACUGCUUAGGAGAAAAAUCCCACCAAAGUGCAUUCUGAUAUUUAGCCUCUCCAAGGAUCAUCAUCUUGCCCAUAGUGCUUCCCUUGCUUUUGUGUCUGUUUUGCUUUGGGCAAGCUCGUCAAGGGAUAGUGUCUGUACAUGCUUCAGCUGCUCAGUGGGCAGUCGGCAGAAUCUGCCAAGGAGUCCCUUCAGAACCACGCAAGAUUGGCCCCAGGCAGAUAGAAAUGUCUGCCCACCCCUGGCGGUGGUGGCGCAUGCCUUUAAUCCCAGCACUCGGGAAGCAGAGGCAGGUGGAUCGCUGUGAGUUCGAGGCCGGGCUGGACCGACAGCCUCCAAAACAAUACAGAGAAACCCUGUCUCGUAAAACCAAAAAAAAAAAAAAAGGAAAAAAAGAAGAAAUGUCUGCCCACAGAGCAAAUGAUCUGUGUUAGAGGUACAUCCCCUCAGUAUUGACCUCUGCUCUCCAGCUGGAGUGUCCAAAUGGAACACCACUGUGAUCUUUAUACUUGCACUUAAUCUAAUCGAAGAGCCACGUUGAAUUUCAUUUGCUAUAAAUUAAAUAGACAUGCAUGCAGUCAUUUAAGGAGAUGCAUAGCCAGUGGGUUUGAGGUACGGGUGAGUCUCUCUAGUAUUUUCUGUUGCUCUUCAGUCAAGAAAGCUAAGAAAUACCUAACUCUCUGGUGAUAUCUUAGUGUUCUCACUGCAGAACAUUGACAAUGCUUGCCUGUGUAAAUGUAUGGCCAACUGUGAAAGCUUCAUUCUUGGCUCAUGUUGAAAUGUGAUUAAAGCUAAUAGACGAGA